GUCCACCGUAGUACCUCAAUUGUAUGCGGUCUCACGAUGUCGGUACAAAUGCAGCAGCGAUGGAAUAUCAACCUAUGACUCCUGACGAGAAUCGAUUGAUGACAAUGACAGUAUCAGAAUGAGCUGAAACAAAUUGCUGGGUGGGGAAGAAAGACAUGCCAAUAAUUAGAGGAAGGAUGAUGCUAGCCCAGUCACGAACAUGGUCCUCCGGUCAACGUGAUGAUGCCACAAGGUACCGGAAGCAUCACUUUUGAUGGGAUGCUUGUUACCUUUCGUGAACUUUCAGCAGGACAGAUAAAACCUAUCGAGCCCUCGACGGAAGCAUACGAGGGAGAGCGGUCGAAUUAUUUGAGAAAAUCGGCCACAGAUAAACUCGGUUCGCAAAACAACAAUCCUUAUCAGUAUGCUGCGUCAAGACAGUUUCAUACUUAAUUUGCCUCCAUUGACUUUGAGUUAGCGCACAGGAGAUUCAUGAUUCAUUUGACUUUGAGAGCUUGUACAGUGAUCGUCUCUGUUCCUUCCUCUGUCCUGCCCUGCCUGCCCAACAUGUAGUUGAUCUGUUAGUUGAUCUGCUUCAGAACCAAAUGCAGUGUUGGAAUUGCUGUGAAUGAGCAUCCGCAGACACCAUUGAAAGGGUGUCAUGUGCACCCUGUGCUGAUGUUGUGCGUAUACCGGGUCUCUGGAAGUGCAUAAUUAGUACUGUACCUUUUCAUGUGAUACAAUAAAAUGCUCGAA